AUGGAGCCCCUCGGCGCCGGCAACGGCGGCUCCCCGUCCUCGUCUGCCGAGCGGUGGCGCGCGGAGGCGUCGCGGGCGUUCCAGCACCACCUGGACCGGGCGGCGCCGCACACGGCGGGGCGCUGGGCGGGCACGCUGCUGGCCGCCGCCGUCUACGCGCUGCGGGUCUACUACGCGCAGGGCUUCUACGUCGUCUCCUACGGCCUCGGCAUCUACCUCCUCAACCUCCUCAUCGGCUUCCUCUCCCCCAUGGUCGACCCGGAGCUGGAGGCGCUCGACGCCGCCGGGCCCGCGCUGCCCACCCGCGGCAACGACGAGUUCAAGCCCUUCAUCCGACGCCUACCCGAGUUCAAGUUCUGGUAUGCCAUCACAAAAGCCUUCUGUGUUGCUUUUGUCAUGACAUUCUUCUCGGUAUUUGAUGUUCCUGUCUUCUGGCCAAUACUGCUCUGCUACUGGAUCGUGCUCUUUGUCCUGACAAUGAAGCGACAGAUUUUACAUAUGAUCAAAUACAAGUAUGUCCCAUUCAGCAUGGGAAAGCAGAAAUACGGAGGAAAGAGAGGCCCAGGAGCCAGUUCAUCGAAAGAUUGAAGGAACCUGGAGACCAAAUCCCCGUGUCGCUCUUCUGUGAGGCGAGGCGCGGCAGUGAUUAUAUGCUGGCAUGGUGGUUUUUAUUAGUACAACCUACUGACAGUGAAUGUACAACUCGUGACUUUGCCAUUGGUUGAAUGGUUGGUGGCUCUUGUUCUGCAUAGCGCUAGCUUCUGUACAAUUACCUUGUGUCAGCUGUUUUAUGCUACUACUAUGAAGUACGGACCUUACUGGAUCGUGUGCAAUGCAAAUCAAAUCAAAACUGUUGUGGCUCGUGCAACAA